GGUCGAUGCGUUCAACCUCUGCAAAUACCUUAAAAUUUUCCGGUAAAUUCGAUAAAGUGAUCAUCCGCCGCGUGUCCAUGGUGGUCCUGUGCCGCGAGUUGAGCCGCGAGUGGUCGCUGCCGAGCCUGGAAGCUUGUGUGCUGGACAUCUUCCGAGUCGUUCACACCAGCGACUCGUACAGCGCCGUCCCGCCAAUAGUGUCCAACUUGGUGUUGUGUUUCGUGAUUGCCACGGGGUGCUUUCUCCUGCAAGUAUCGACGGGGAACUACUCGCACGUGGACCGGCUGUGGUCCAUAACUCCAGUGCUAUACGCUUGGAACUACUUGAUUGUGGCGUGGAACCGUGGACUCGCCGCGGACUUGCGCCUGGUGGUUGUAGUGCUGCUGAUUACGCACUGGGGCGGCAGGCUGACGUUCAACUUCUAUCGCCGCGGCGGGUACAAGUGGACUGCUGAGGACUAUCGAUGGGAGCACGUUCGGACGGGGUUUACGAACCCCAUCCUGUGGCACGUGUUUUCGUUGGUGUUCAUCGCGUUCUACCAACACAUUUUGCUCUUCCUCAUCACGUGUCCCCUCCAAGUGAUGUUCAACGUGUGGGAGAACAAGUACAAAAGCGACAUCCUGGACAACUGGACGCUCUGGGACUUGGGCCUCACCCUGUUGUUUGCCGGUCUCCUCAUCUUGGAAACCAUCGCCGACCAGCAGCAAUAUAACUACCAAGAAGCCAAAUGGGGCAUGAUCAAGCGAACGAAGAAGAAGGUGCACGAGCUACCCAACCCGUACAACGUUGGUUUUUGCACGACCGGGCUAUUUGCUUAUAGCCGCCACCCCAACUACUUUGCAGAGCAGUCGAUGUGGUGGACGGUGUAUUUGUUUUCAGUGUCUGCGAGCGGGUCCCUGAACUGGACGGCCGUCGGUGCCAUCCUGCUCUCACUGCUCUUCCAAAGCAGCACUCGUCUCACGGAGGACAUUACGCUCAAAAAGUACCCCAACUAUGCCAUCUACCAGCAGCACGUAUCCAAGCUGGUCCCAAUGUGGCCGUCGACGCCCGUGGCCAAGCAUGACUAGUAGCACAGUUAGGUGGUGAAUGAGACUAGUUUAUGCUCUACAUGCACUACGGCGUCGCGAAUUUGGUUCGCUUCGAUGCUUUCA